GAAACAUGCCCUUGCUCCUUGUAUUUUUUAGGGUUUAGCAGGAAAGGGGUUUAGAGGAAAAAAAUGCAUAACAGGGGCAUCAUUCCCAGAGGUUUUUCAAAUUUUUUUUUUACAGUCCCCUUUCCUUGUGAAUUGCUUUGAUUCAAGUACUUAUAUGCAGCAGCCAAAUUCGGCUUCGACUUUAUAAUCAGAUUCGAUUUGGGUUUUUAAUAAAUUCAACGCCUGGGGAAAGAAGAGUCGUACAUUGUUACACGAGUGCGACUAUGGUGAUGCGAUCAGUAGAUGGUAUCAUAUAUUAAGGAAGUAUCAAGCAUCCAGACGGGUAGUCAACUCGGUUGCUCUAUAUUCAUGCCGGAAAAUCAACGAUGGUGGAUUAAUACAUAAACAACAUACUCAUAGCUUCUUUCAGGUUUUCAACUGUACCAGAAUCAUGUAGAACGUCGCCUUCAGAGGUCGAUCUAUUGUCUACCUUCAUCAGAUCUAGUCUUAACGAGCUCGAAGGUCCCUCUCAUUGUUGGUUCAAUAGAAGCACUGCUACCAAGGAUUUAACCGGGAAAAAUGGAGUCUUCUUAGUUGUUGCUGGCGCUUUUCUUGAAUCAGGCCACAAUUCAACCUUUAUGUUUGAAAAAGUAAAAUCACUUCAACAAAGGCAUCCUUCCCUGAAUGUUAUGGGAUUUCAGGUCUGCAAAUCAGUUAGCAGUGAUGUUGUUCGUUCUCAUUUAGCAAAGACUAUCAUGAGUGAAUACAUCACAUUUCCUAUUUUAGUCUCGACCAAAUCUCUUUCUGAGAUGUCUGAUAAAAUGGGCUACAUGAUAUUUAAAGGUAUGGAAGGUCCUCUACUCUUGCAUGACAAGGAUGUGGAUUUUGAAAUUCUUGAGACAGCCAUUAAGGAGUUAAUCGUGCAACAGAAAGAAAAACCAGGAUUGUUGCAUAAUCUGAGAGGCAGUUGGGUAAAGCCACUUGAUGCUUUAAAGGAACCAUAUCUCUGUUCCCCAUUGCAGAAUUUACUUCUUUAUUUUCCAGGUUGCAUUGAGGUUGAUGAAGUUAAUGAACGGUUGUUUCUUUCUGACACAAAUCACCACCGUAUAAUUGUGUUUGAUGGCAAUGGAAAGAUCUUAGAUUGUAUUGGAUCUUCACCUGGAUUUGAAGAUGGAGAGUUUGAAUCUUCUAAAAUAAUCCGCCCUGCUGCUUUGUUUUAUCACAAUGAGGAUGAUUACCUCUAUUUUGUUGACUCAGAGAAUCAUGCUAUAAGGAGAGCUGAUAUGGAGAGCAGGACAGUUGAGACAUUAUAUCCAAAACCUAAUGUCAGUGAGACAAAAAGCGGUUUAGUGAGUUGGAUCAUUGAUAAACUUUGGAGUACGAAAGACAUUCCUUCAAAUUCUGAGGAAGUUGAUCCUAGAUUACUUUUUUACCCCUGGCAUCUUCUCAAGUCAUUGGAAAACGACCUCUUUAUUCUCAACCGCAGUUUUGAAACUUUAUGGAUCAUGGAUCUGUCAUCUGGUAUCAUUAAAGAAGUGGUCAAAGGAUCUGCAAAUAUUAUAGACAUCUGCGGACAGUUGAUAAAGGAGAAAUCAUCCCUUGUAAAAGAAAUACCGCCUAGUCAGCUUCCACAAAAUAAUUUCUCGGUGGAGGGUAUUUCACAUGCGGGUCUGCUCUCUUCCGUGGCAACUUUUCAGGACAAUAUCGUAAUUUGUGACACAGAUGGUCAGGUGGUGCUGAAAUACAACAAAACUUGUGACUCAAUGACAAGCUUUGAGUUCUCAAAUUUUGGAAUGCUUGGAUUGCCAUACUGGUUGGUCCCCCCUAUGGAAUCAGCUUAUGCUGCUGGUUUUGGGGUCUCGGGACUUCCCCUGGAUCAUAUUCAACAUUUCAGCUUGUUACCAGGCAGGAUAGACAUACGGAUGAAAGUAGAAAUCCCUCAAGAGACAGAGCUUGUGGAGCCGCUAGAUGAAGCUUGUAUAUGGCGCCAAACAAGAGGCACUGCCACUGAAACUUUAGGAGCUGAGAACAAAGCUGAAUCCACAGAAAAGGUUGGUGUGGCCCAACAAUGGUAUGAUGAGUUAGAUGAACUUGCGUCUUUAACACAAAAACAAGUGGAUGCUGAAGAGGAUAAAAACAUGUCUGAUUCCAGAGUGCAAGAUGGAAAUGUAUUCAUUGAUUGUGCUGUGAAUACUAGCCCAGGAACAAGUGAGGUUAUUAUCAAUGCUGCAUUGUACUUGAGACAUAAAAGCGGUGAUGAUUCUAAGAAGAAGCAGGAGGUGGGUAGAUUGAUAGAUGCUUUAAACCCGAGUGGGAAGGGUAACAAUGUAUUUUUGAGGCCAUUACAUGUCAAGUUAAAGAUCAAUUCACUUGACCACCCAAAAGCAGACAACUCAAAAGACAUAAUUUUGACAGAAUCUGCUAUACAAGUUAAUGUUUCUCUCAAAUAACUACACUUCUUUCUCUUGUAUAAUUACUUUUUUGUCCCUUGGGGAGGCUGGUGGUGCCUAAUAUCGAUGCUUCUUGCUUGCCACCUCAUCUUCUGGUAAGAAAUGUUUUUCAAAUCACUUGUUCCGGGCAAUCAAAAGAAAAUUUUGGCUAUUGAUUUUGUACUUUAAUAAUCGUUAUUUGAAAAGUGAAAUUAGUUACAUUUA